AUGUCCAGUCUGUCUGUGCGGCCUGAAGCAUUGAGUUGUGUGCAUCGUCAUGCUAUUGGGUGUCUCCUGGUGAACUCGUCCAUCUGCUGUCGCUGUGCCGACCGCAGAAGCGUGUCUGAGCUUCUGCCGGGGCUUGCUCACGGCGACAGCCAUCUCAACCCCGUGCUGAGCUUCAAUUCCUCCAAAUACUGCAGGUCGUGCCAGGCUUUGUCCCAUGCGCUCAUUUAUCCAUAUCUAGAAUACUGGCGGGCGCAUUCCGGCAAUUCUGUUCCUGAGAUCCCCAUCAGCCAGGUCCUGCAGUCGUCCGUGGCUGCGUUUAAUCUCCCAGAGACGACUGCUGAGAUCGAAGCCUACCGCGCUGUCAGGAAUCGCAACAGCUACCAGAAUCAUACCCGUCCGCGUGUUCAGCCUCGUUCUUCUCUUUCUCUCCAUUGCCGUAACAUCACCACCUUGAGGCACGAGCUGGAAGCAAUCAACACUGAUAUCUCUCGUGUUCUCUCGACCCUCCACGAUCUGAGGCGGGAAUUUCCAGUAUCUCGAGUGCCCUAUCACCAUCAGAGAUCAAUGGAGAACCGCCCUGACGUGAUACGCGAUCCCUCGACCUCUCAGAACGGCAACAUGCCAACGCUUGUUGACAGCCAGGCACUCCCUGGUCCGAACCAGAUGGGCGAUUUGAUUAACCUUGAAGAUCCACCGCCGCAGCUUCAAGGCAACGUCGACCAGUCUGCAGUCUCGCAGAACAUGAAUACUGAUACUCACCCGAUGGCCACCCCUGGUGUCGAUUCCAGAAGCAAUCUUGGGUCUCAGCCGAUGCAGACUCAGCAGAUACACAAUCAGCAGAUGCCUCUACAUCUACCUCAGCUACCGUUGGUGGCCGUCUCUAUUCCAGGUUUCGUCACCGAACCGGCUGGUCACGUCAAUGUCAAUGCCGGCCUCAAUGGCAAUGCCAAUGUAGGAGCUACCGCAUUGCGCACCACGAUGGCCACUCCCAUGGAGUUUGAUCAGGUCUGGCCUGGUGAUGGCUCGCACCAGCCCUGGCUCCUUGACCCUCAGAUCGCCUCCAUGCGUGUUCCUCAGGGAUUUGGAGCAGCUGGAACGGCGGCCCUGUACGCGAGCGGUCUGCAACGCCCAGCUCGUGUGCAGCAUCCAACUAGACAGGUGCAACCAGGAGCUGCUGCGUCCGGUUUGGCCCCGGCCUUUCUCCCUGCAUUUCCCGUCAUGUCGUCUGCGGCCCCGCUCAGCUUCUCGGGUCAGAUGCAGGCUCAGCAUGUGCCGGAUAUCGUCGCUGCCAAUGCGCUUUCCCAAGUCCACCAGCCGCGAUUCCCCGCUCAUCCAUACGUGAUUCACCCCGGUGGAGCUGCAUCUGCGUUGGGCUACCAGCGACAGCAGCAUCACCCGGGUCUUGGUCUUAGUCUUGGACUUGGGUCGGAUGGUCUUGGUCCCAGUCUCAACGGUCCGGCACCGCAGAAUAAUGCUGCUGGUCAGACCCAGAGCCAGCCCCAGCACAACAGUCGUCGUCGCGCCCGCCGUCCGGACGACCAGGGUCCGAACAACCUUGCACGUCGUCCAUCUCCGCCUCGAUUCGAAGGAUCAGGACGUUACUAUUCUGUUCCCGGCAUGGUGCUUUCAGCAAAUGACCUCCCGCCUUUUCCUCCGGUGCUCACUGAACCGCUUCGUUCCAACGUGCCUGCUCCUGCUGCCUCCGCUGGCACUCUCCAAGGCAGCUAUCGUCCGCAGGGCGCAGUGCGCAACAGCAACAACAGCCACCUUCGCGCUGAACAUGCUGCCGCUGAGGCCAUGCAGAUGCUGAACGAGCAGCAGCCUACUACCGUCUCAAUCUCUCACGGUGCCAGUGCCGGUGCAAGUGCUGGUGCAAGUUCUAGCGGUAGAAGGUCUGGCAAUGUAAAUAAUACCACUAAUAACAACUCCACUGCUGCGGGGGAUCCGAUGCCCACGCCCCGGAGCCAGGGCCUGGGGCUGGACGACCCGCGUACCAAACGACCCGAGCCCAAGGAAGCGGAGGAGAUGCAGGUGAAUCUCGAAUGCAAGAUCUGCAUGAGUCAGCUGGUAGACACGGUGCUGCUGCCGUGCGGGCAUGCGAUUCUCUGCCGGUGGUGUGCGGAACAGGCUCUGCCGACGCUGCGCAGCACCGGCAACGGCAACGGCCCUAGCAUUGCGCAGACGCAGUCUCGCUCCAAGGCAGCUGCGACCUGCCCGAUGUGUCGGAGGCCUGUUCGACAGGCGGUAAGCAGCAUAGCGUGUCCUGACAUGUUUUGUAUGACUGAGCUAGCUAACACCGUCUCCAGUGGCGCAUCUACCUCAACUAGGUAG